CUUAUCCAUAUCCCAAAACAACACAACCAUCAUCAAAAUGACUCUCCCCCGUAAUCUCAUCAUCUUCUCUUCAUUUCUCCUCGUCCUCAUUUCACCUUCUCUCGCCGACACAUCAUUCCGGCCAAAAGCCCUAGUUCUCCCCGUAACAAAAGACACUUCAUCACUUUUAUACUUCACCCAAUUCAACCAAAGAACCCCUCUAGUCUCCGUCAACACAGUUCUCGACCUCGGCGGUCUCUAUCUCUGGGUCGACUGCGGCAACUACGUCUCCUCCACUUACAAACCGGCACGUUGCAACUCCGCCCAAUGCAAUCUAGCUAACGCAAACGGCUGUACCACCGCAUGUUUUGGUACCCCGAGACCAGGCUGCAACAACAAUACAUGCGCUUUACUUGCUGAUAACACAGUCACAAAUGUCGGCACCGACGGUGAACUCGGUCAGGAUGUAGUUUCACUACAAUCUACUGACGGAUCAAACCCCGGUAGAGUUGUUUCAGUCUCGAACUUACUGUUUACCUGCGCCCCUUCGUUUAUCUUAAACGGUCUGCCGUCUAGUACUCAAGGCAUGUCCGGUUUGGGAAGAACUAGGGUUUCGCUUCCUUCUCAAUUUGCCGCUUCUUUUAGCUUCAACAGAAAGUUUGCUAUCUGUUUAAGCUCAUCUAAAGGUGUAAUAUUUUUCGGCAAUGAACCUUAUAUAAUUCAACCAAACGUCGACGUCUCGAAAAUUCUUACGUACACUCCGUUAAUCCUCAACCCAGUAAGCACAGCAGCUGCUUUUGUUCAAGGUGAUCCUUCUUCCGAUUAUUUCAUCGGAGUUAAGUCGAUAAACAUAAACGGAAAAUCGGUUCCGGUCAACACCACAUUGCUGUCCAUCAACACUAAGACAGGUUUCGGCGGGACAAAGUUCAGCACUGUGAAUCCUUACACCGUCAUGGAAACUUCAAUCUUUAACGCUGUCAUUAACGCUUUCGUCAAGGAACUUGCCGAUGUGCCGAGAGUGGCUUCUGUAGCUCCAUUUAAGGCUUGUUUUGACGCGAGUAAGAUUACUAGCACUCGCCUAGGGCCAGGUGUGCCCACUAUUGAGCUUGUGCUGCCUAACAAUGUUAUCUGGAGGAUUUUUGGUGCUAAUUCAAUGGUGGAAGUAAACGACGACGUUUUAUGCCUGGGAUUUGUUGAUGGAGGUGCAAAUCCGAGGACUUCGAUUGUGAUCGGUGGGCAUCAAUUGGAGAAUAAUCUUUUGCAGUUUGAUCUUGCUAGUUCAAGACUUGGUUUCAGUUCUUUGUUGUUUGGUAGACAAACAACUUGUGCCAACUUUGAUUUUACCUCUAAAGCUUAAUUAGGGGAUUUUCGAAAAUGUUUUUGUUUGUAUUAUUGUUAUUGUUUAUUUGUAAUAAUUGAGUUUAUAUGUGUAUUGAUUGAAUAAAUGGUCAUGCAACAUUACUUAUGCUGGCCCUUCAAUAAUAAAAUUAAAUUUCAUACUAAGUAAA